AUGAAGUCGUCUCUCGCUCUUGCCCUCCUCGUUGGAGGUGCAAUCGCCUCUGGGCCGCAGCAGCAGGUCCUUCGGGAACCUGUAGACCACCCCCAAGCUGCUGAAACACCCCUUCAAAAGAUCAGCGAUAUUUUUGGCCACCUGAGCGAACAAGCCGGCAAUGUCUGGGAAGACGUGAUGGACAAAUUCCCAGACACCCUCAUGGAUGCCAUUACUCAGACUCCCCCACCCAAGAAACAUAACCGUCGCCCGGAUUCCGAGUGGGACCACAUCGUCCGCGGUUCCGACGUCCAGGCUGUCUGGGUGGAGGGAGACGCUGGAGAGAAGCAUCGCAAAGUCGGCGGAAGACUUGAUACUUAUGACUUGAGGGUCAAGGCUGUUGACCCGUCCAAUCUUGGUGUUGAUACUGUCAAGCAGUAUAGCGGUUAUCUCGAUGAUAACGAGAACGAUAAACAUCUCUUCUACUGGUUCUUCGAGUCUCGCAACGACCCGAAGAAUGAUCCUGUCGUUCUCUGGCUUAACGGCGGUCCUGGUUGCAGUUCACUUACGGGUCUCUUUCUUGAAUUGGGUCCAUCAUCGAUAACAAAACAACUAAAGGUGGAAUACAACGAGUUCUCAUGGAAUUCGAAUGCGUCGGUAAUUUUCCUCGACCAACCAGUCAAUGUGGGGUACUCCUACAGUAGCAGCUCAGUGAGCAACACACAAGCUGCCGCUAAAGAUGUCUAUGCUCUUCUCACGCUAUUCUUUGAGCAAUUCCCGGAGUAUUCCCGGCAGGACUUCCAUAUUGCUGGCGAAUCUUACGCGGGACAUUACAUCCCAGUCUUUGCUUCCGAAAUCAUGUCGCAUUCACACCGCAACAUCAACCUCAAGUCCAUUCUGGUUGGGAACGGAUUGACCGAUCCUCUCUCUCAAUACCCACACUACAGACCCAUGGCAUGCGGUGAAGGUGGGUACCCUGCGGUCUUGAGUUCGUCCAGCUGUCAAGCUAUGGAUAAUGCACUUCCCCGUUGCCUUGCCAUGAUCCAAGCGUGCUACAACACUGAGAGCCGAUGGUCCUGCGUUCCCGCUUCUAUCUACUGCAACAACGCGUUGAUCGGCCCUUACCAACGCAGCGGUAUGAACCCCUACGAUGUACGAUCCAAGUGCGAGGGCGGCAGCCUCUGCUACACCCAACUAGAUGACAUCAGCAAAUACUUGAACCGGAACGCCGUGAUGGAGUCACUGGGCGCCGAAGUCAGUAGCUACGAAUCCUGCAAUAUGGAUAUUAACCGCAACUUCCUCUUCCAAGGCGACUGGAUGCAACCGUACAUGCGUGUCGUGCCAACGCUUCUCGCUCAAAUGCCCGUUCUUAUUUAUGCUGGUGAUGCUGAUUUCAUAUGUAAUUGGCUGGGCAAUAAAGCCUGGACGGAGGCACUCGAGUACCCCGGCCAUAAUGAAUUUGCGGCGGCUGAAAUGAAGAACUUGACCAGCCAGAAUCAUGAAGAUGUGAGGGUUAUCGGCCAAGUGAAGUCCGCGGGCAACUUCACCUUCAUGCGUCUUUUCGGUGGCGGACAUAUGGUCCCGAUGGAUCAACCUGAAGCGAGUUUGGAAUUUUUCAACCGCUGGCUGGGCGGCGAAUGGUCGGAUAAAUCGCCCUAG